GACUACACUCGCGUUCACACUAAAGCGCUAAUACAGUUUGCCUUUAUAAAAUUGAGUUGGGGAUGGAUUAAAUGUUAAUCGUUUAAAACGUUUGUGUGUGUGGACAUGGCUACUAAGCGUAAGUCAGACGUGGCCGUGCCGGCUGAGGAAAGUGACCAGCUUCUCAUAAGACCUCUGGGCGCUGGUCAAGAAGUGGGCAGAUCAUGCAUCAUUUUGGAAUUCAAAGGACGUAAAAUUAUGCUGGACUGUGGUAUCCACCCCGGUUUAGAGGGAAUGGAUGCACUGCCUUACAUUGAUUUGAUUGAUCCUGCUGAAAUCGAUCUCCUCCUCAUCAGCCACUUUCAUCUCGAUCACUGUGGAGCACUGCCCUGGUUUUUACAGAAAACUAGUUAUAAAGGAAGGACUUUCAUGACCCAUGCAACCAAAGCCAUUUACCGUUGGCUUCUUUCAGACUACGUCAAAGUCAGUAAUAUCUCAGCAGAUGACAUGUUGUACACAGAGACAGACUUGGAAGAAAGCAUGGACAAGAUUGAGACGAUCAACUUCCAUGAGGUGAAAGAGGUGGCUGGCAUUAAGUUCUGGUGCUACCAUGCUGGCCAUGUCUUGGGUGCAGCCAUGUUUAUGAUCGAGAUUGCUGGUGUAAAGAUUCUUUAUACAGGAGAUUUCUCGCGUCAGGAAGACAGACAUUUAAUGGCAGCAGAGAUCCCUAGUGUUAAGCCAGACAUCCUAAUUACAGAGUCCACCUAUGGAACCCACAUCCAUGAGAAGAGAGAGGAAAGAGAAGCUCGUUUUUGUAACACAGUCCACGAUAUUGUGAACAGAGAAGGCCGCUGUCUCAUCCCCGUCUUCGCUCUGGGUCGAGCACAGGAGCUCUUGCUCAUCCUUGAUGAAUAUUGGCAGAAUCAUCCUGAACUUCAUGACAUUCCUAUUUACUAUGCAUCAUCCCUGGCCAAAAAGUGUAUGGCCGUGUACCAGACUUAUGUCAACGCCAUGAACGACAAAAUCCGCAAAGCCAUCAACAUCAACAACCCCUUCGUCUUUAAGCACAUCAGCAACCUCAAGAGCAUGGAUCAUUUCGAUGACAUCGGCCCCAGUGUGGUGAUGGCGUCUCCUGGAAUGAUGCAGAGUGGCCUCUCCAGAGAGCUGUUUGAGAGUUGGUGUACUGACAAGAGGAACGGUGUGAUCAUCGCAGGCUACUGCGUGGAGGGAACACUUGCCAAGCACAUCAUGUCCGAGCCCGAGGAGAUCACUACUAUGUCGGGUCAGAAGCUGCAGCUGAAAAUGUCUGUGGACUACAUUUCCUUCUCAGCUCACACUGACUACCAGCAGACCAGCGAGUUUAUCCGAGCGCUCAAACCGCCCCAUGUGAUCCUGGUGCAUGGAGAGCAGAAUGAGAUGGCCCGACUGAAGGCGGCUCUCAUUUUAGAAUAUGAGGAAAAUGAUGAAGAGCGUAUCGAGGUCCAUAAUCCCCGCAACACUGAGGCAGUCACACUCAACUUUAGAGGAGAGAAACUGGCCAAAGUUAUGGGUUCUCUUGCUGAUAAGAAGUCUGUUCAGGGUCAGAGGGUCUCUGGUAUCUUGGUCAAACGCAACUUCAGUUAUCAUAUCCUCACACCUUCAGACCUCUCCAAUUACACAGAUUUGUCUAUGAGCACAGUGAAGCAGACUCAAGCCAUUCCCUUCACUGGACCUUUCUCCCUUCUGCACAGCCAGCUACGCCACUUAGCAGGACAUGUCGAAGAGGUGGAGACAGCAGAGAAAACCACACUAAGGAUCUUUAACAGCAUCACAUUGAUUCAUGAUUCCAAUAUGGUCAUCCUGGAGUGGAUUGCCAACCCCCUGAAUGAUAUGUAUGCUGAUGCGGUCACGACUGUAGUUCUGGAGGUUCAGUCAAAUCCCAAAGCUCAGAAACUCAUACAGCCCAAAGAGGAGAAAGUGGACCUGGAUGUUUUUCGGGAAAGGCUACAGAUCAUGUUCCAGGAUAUGUUUGGUGAUGAAUGUGUAGACUUUAAGGACAAAAACAAAUUGUCUGUAACAGUGGAUGGCAAGACUGCCUACAUUAACCUGGAGACCAGGACGGUGGAGUAUGAGGAAGGCAUUGCGGAUGAGGAGUCGCUCCGAGACAUGGUGGAGCAUGCUGUGCAGAGGCUUUAUGAUGCCAUGAACCCUGUGAUGUGAGCAUCAGGCAUUUCUCCUUCACAUCAUUCUUUACUUUCAGCCUGAAUACAUAAAAUACGGACACUCAUGCUGUUUAAAUGGACAUGUAUUAAUGUCCAUGUGCUCUUUAAUUUUUAUAUGUUCCAGAUAAGAAAAUAAUUUGUAUGGGUGGAUAUGAUUUAUCAGCCAUUCAUUAAAAAUUGUCUCUAGA